AUGAGAAGCAAAUAUUAUAUAGGAAGCUAAGGUUGGGAUGUAAAAUAAUCAUGUCCAUAAUAUAUUAAUGAGAAUGAUUGUUUUAAUUUUUAAAUAAAAAAAUAACAAAGAUUUUAAUUAAUGAAGGGAUAGGUUGAAUAAUAGAAGGGAGCAACAAAGACUGUCAAAAAGGUUAAAACAACAAAUAAAAAAGCUCCAGUUAGGUAAAAUUUAGCAUUUAAAUUAGAUUAUGGGUUAAGGCUGUAUUUACAGGUUUUAGAAGAUCGAAAGUUUAAUAGAAUGAAAACCAAGCAUUACUCAAAAUUGAACAUGUCAAUGAUGUUGCUUCAAGUAGAUUCUAUUGGGGAAAAAGAGUUGCAUACAUUUACAAAGCCCAUUCAUUAAAGAAUAACACCAAAUUCAGAGUAUUUAUUAAUUUCAUUCAGGCAAUUUGGGGACGAAUUAGUAAAUCACAUGGAAGCAAUGGAGUUGUUACUGCUCGUUUUGGUAGAAAUCUUCCUCCAAGAGCUAUUGGAUCAACCCUUAGAGUGUUCCUUUAUCCAAACAGAGCUUGAAUUUACAUAUACAAUAUACAAUAAUACAUUAAUCAAUU